AUGAUCGGUAUUCUCUCGCUUCUAGGUCUCGUGGCAAGGUUGAUUGAUGUUUGUAGCGCUGCUGACGAUGGCUCUUCGUUGUACGGAACGUGGUCGUCAAAGUCGAAUCAAGUUUUCACUGGACCAGGAUUUUAUGAUCCCGUGGACGAAUUGCUUAUAGAGCCAUCUCUACCGGGAAUUUCGUAUUCGUUCACGAAAGAUGGGUGGUUCGAAGAAGCCACGUACCAAGUCUCGGGAAAUCCAAGGCAACCGAAUUGUCCCAAGGCUGCAGUGACAUUUCAGCACGGGAACUUCGAAAUUUCUGACAACGGGACCUUGACUUUAAAUCCGAUCCAGGUUGACGGGCGCCAAAUUUUCAGCGACCCUUGCAACGACGAUGGUGUGUCGUUAUACCAGCGUUACAAUCAAACUGAAGUUUUCAAAAGCUUCGAGGUCCAUUUCAACGAUUACUACGGCAAAAACAUGCUUCAACUGUACCAACAGGAUGGGAGUCCCAUGCAACCGCUGUAUUUGGCAUAUCAGCCACCUCAGAUGCUACCUACCGAGACCUUGAACCCUACCGCUGCUGAUGACUCUAAAGCGACUGCGACGGGAUCUUCUGCGUCUGCGUCUGCGACAGGCAACAAAAAACGCUCGCUACGCAGCGCCGUCAAGCGCAGUUUGGAAAACAAGCACAGAACAAACGCGGUCAAGUCCGAAAACCGGUUUUUUAAUGCGAACUUCUAUUGGUGGGUCUCUGCAGGGCUCAUCGGGGUUGGGUCUUUGGUCUUUUUAAGCAUGUGA